GUUAUCUUAUCUUAUCUUAUCUCUUUUUUGUCAUUGUUUUCUGUUUUUACUGUUGGUUUAUUUUACACUGUAAUAAGAAAAUGCACAGCAGUGCUGAGUAUCAAAUUGUUUUAGUUUUACUCAUCUUUUCCAAUGUUUAGCUUUCUAGGAUACAUUUUUUUAAAAAGUUAGUUUGACAAUGAAAGUGGGGACCAGUUAUCAAUCUUUUUCAAAAGUCCGACACACACUUUCGUACACUCAACCAAUGUGUUAUCAUCUUACAAAACCACUUAAACAAACCUGGAUAAUUUUUCCAUAACACCAAUUAACAAAAUCACAAAACAGUUGCUCAAGAGUACUCACCCAUCAGUGAAGUAUGAAGGUUAUUAUACCAUAAUGGAAUUUUACAAAAAGAAGACUUUUUAAAAUUAUUUUGGAAAAUUCAUUUAAAAUAUUUUUAAAUGAAAUUUUUUAAAUUAUUGUUAUGCGUAAAAAAUAGUUUUUUUAAUGUGACACAAAGUAAUUGUACAGUUUUCAACAAUUUCUAUAUUGAAAUGUCCAUUUGAAACACCUUUCAUGUGUAUUUCUUGGUUUACAUACAAUGGAUGCAUCAAUGGGUUCGUUAAUUUUGUGUGCCUGUAAUACAUUUUUGCGUUGCUUAAUUGAAAAUAUAAAGUCAAAAGGUCAUCUAUAAACACUAUUUAUGGGUAACUAAUAGUAAUUAUCAAAAUUAUCUAAAUUGAACAGGCAAGUAUAAGUUAUGAACAUUUCUAAAUCAUGCAUUCGUUUACUUUUCUGAAAUGCGUCCGAUGAUAUCCGGUGACCUAUUCAUCCGGGACACUGAUUAAGGGUGAAGGCGAUAGUAGCCUAUAGCUCACGGAGUCAAGUACUUGCAGUGGCGGUGUGAUGCGUGCACAUGCUUCGACAAUUGUAGGAACUACGGAAUUACAAUUUUACUUGACAGUGUUAAAAAAACUAAUUUUGUAAACUUGGAAAAGUUACGAGUUCCUGUGGCUCAGCAACAGACAAUCAUGAGUGACGCAAAACGAAAGAUAAGAACCUCCACAUUUUCCACGUUUGGAAAGACACGGAAAAUUCGUCUGAAACAUGAACAUAUAAUAAAAUGCAUUGAGACUUUCUCCGAAACACAAAACAGAAAGAAACACAGUGUUCACCGAGGAGACGCAUUCUGGAGUAACCUGUGCAAAGACUUGGGAGUGCCAAAUAAUUGUACAAAUCGGAAAAAACUUAAUCAUGUUGCUAUGCACUACCAAAAGAGAACCAUGGAAGUCAUACACAAACCAAAAAAUAUCGAUGUUGAAGGUGAUGGUGGGACCUCUGGAGAGAAGACAUCUUCUUUGGAUGAAGGAAACACUGGCGACGAAACACUGGAGAUGUAUCCACCUGCAAAGGCAGGAAAUGAACCUCUCUCUUUGCUCAAGCAGGAUGUUUUGGAGGACAGUGAUGACAAUGGCAUUGUCCAAAACAUUUCUCCUGAAUUGAAACAGCCACAAACUGGUGUGUCUCCAUCACAAUCGUCUACAUCCCUGGAAAAGGACUGGAGUAGAAAUUCAUCCAACAAAAGUGACAGUAGCAAUGCUGAAGAGGAAUUCUACAAAUGUGCUUUGCCACAGCAGCCAUGUUUUUUUUUCAUUGACCACAAAGACUGGGAAGACCUAAAAAAAACACAGAAAGGGAGGCUUUUCAAAGGUAUGGAGUGGACUAAUGUUGUAGCCACUGGCAUUAAGUCAAUACACCCAUUUUGCAGUUUUGGAUUUAAAAGGCAUACCAUCAACACCACUCAGUCACGGUCUAAGACGGCUGUAUUCUCCUGUACGGCAUACUGCCGUUUUAAGGAUUGUCCAGUGACUGUGAAAGUGGAGGUUAAAGACGAAAAAACCCUGAAGGCUGAUGUGCUUUUCCAAGGAGGUGAGGUGUGCCACAACACAAAGGAAAUCAAAACAAGACCUGUGCGUGGACAGUCCAGAGAUGUAAUAGCAGAAAAACUUGAAACCAAAUUGCCAAGAAGUCUUUAUCUGGAUUCUCUAAAUCAAAUACCAGAAAAAGCUUUCCAAGCAGGGUGUCGGGAUGAGGCUCCAUCUAAAGAUGUCUUGAAAAAUAUUGCCUGGUCCCACAGAAAAAAACAGAGACCUCAUGUAAAUGAGAUGGCCAGUCUGCAAAUGUUAAUAGACAGACAGCAAGGACUUCCAAACGAAGUGCUUCAGAGAGUGCUCCUGCAUCCAAAAGGGAUAAUGCUGUGGUCAAAAAAAACACUUUCAGUGUUUUACCAGCGGUGCAAAGACGACAUAGUAUAUUUUGAUGCAACAGGAAGCAUUAUCUCUAAAGAUAAUGCUUCUGCUACUCCGUACUAUGUGUAUGAAGUUAUAGUUAGAAAUCCCUUCAAGGGAUCAUCACCUUUACCAACAGCAACUUUUGUAACAUGUGACCAUACCACUGCUUCUGUUACAUAUUUUCUACAAGCAUUUCAAACAGAGCUUACACGAAUGUAUGGAAGCAGGGCAAACAAGAGGCCAGUAAUGAUCAUAUGUGAUGGCUCAAUGGUGCUUCUCCAGUCCAUUGCUAUGACAUUCUGCAGAGCAAGUUUGGAAGACCUUUUGGAGCGAUACUUCCAGGUUAUCACAGGACAGUUAGACACGGAUAACUUCAACAUACCCAUUCUCCACCGGUGUUUGAGUCACAUCAUGAAGAAUGCAAAGGAUCUUUGCAAAAAGAGACUACAGAAACACUAUAAAUUUGGCAUGCACGUUUUUGGAUUACUGGCCUGUUCUUCAAACUUGAAAGACAUGGAUGGCAUCAUUAUAAGUGCAACAGUUGUUUUCAAAAGUCCAUGCAGUGGACCACAAGUGAAAAAACACCUGCGGAACCUCAAAAUGCUGAUCGAUCAAACGGGGAAUGGGGAUGCUGAAGACACAGACAUCAUUCCAGAGGAUUAUAAGACGGCAAUAGUUCACUCAUCACUUAAACAGCACUUUGCCGAAGUAAUUGCCAGUGCCCCCCUUGAUGUGACUGGACCACCGAAUGUGUACCAUGCACCAGCAUUCAUUUCAAGUAUUUCAAAAUACUUUCUACCACAUGCUACCUUGUGGUCAGGAAUGCUGCUUGGAGACCUUGGACGGCAUGGGAAAGGCUCAGCGUAUGGCUUUCUCAGUAAACGUUACAAUCAUGUGUCGCAGUUGAAGAAGCAGAACUACACUGAAGACAAUCGAACGCAAGGGAUCAUGGAAAAAAGUCAAUGGGACCUGAAAAGGAUUCGCUUUGAACGAAGGCGUCUCACUAGACUAGAUGACUUUGUGCAAAUAUAUCAAAGGAAACAUGAUGCUCUUCUCCGCGAAUAUGGCGAUGUAGGAAAGAAAAGGAUGAAGAAAUACCGAGUGGAGACCGAGAAGUGGAAGAAAAAAAGUAGAAAGCGAAAAGGCUUCUAUGUAACUCCUCUGAUGGGAAAACGACUCAAACAGGAUCAUCAAGAAGAACCACCACACUCAGAUGUGCCCACAGAGCAGACUGAAGCUGUCACUACACAGGAUGAAAAAGAACAAGCAGCAACACAAAAAAGGAUAAUGUCAGCACAACUCACGCAAGAUGUAGACAUUUCAGUGUGGAUUGCUGAUCUCUGCAAGUUUCAAGUGGACGCUGUUGUCAAUGCAGCAAAUACCAGCUUACAACAUUGUGGUGGGCUGGCAUUGGCGAUCUCAGAAAGUGGGGGGCCAAAAAUACAAAAAGAGAGCAAUACUUACAUAGCAGAAAAUGGACCUCUGCGGAUUGGAGAAGCUAUUGUAACAAGUGCUGGGAACCUCUCUUGCAAAAAAAUUAUUCACGUAGUGGGACCAUGUAUGCAAAGCAAACCAUCAGCCAAAGAUGUCACACAGGCAAAACCUAUUUUGCGACAGGCCAUAAUCAGUGUUUUGCAAAAGGCAGAGGAGCACAAACUGUGUUCUAUUGCAAUUCCAGCAGUAAGUUCAGGAAUAUACAACUUUCCUGCCAGGGCAUGUGCUGAUGUGAUUGUUCAAACAAUCUAUGACCAUGUAAAAAAUAAGACUACAAAAUCAGCACCAUUUACGAUAAAUCUUGUGGACAAGGAGGAAAAAACUGCAAAGGAACUGGAGAGGGCAUGCAAAGAACUGUUGAGUGACCCAUUUCCAAACAGUGUUGGACAAGGAAAUCAGAAUGAGGAUCCAACUCGAACUUCCAUAAGUCAGGUCACUGCACUGUGGAAAAGAAAACAAACCGAAGUUGUAGUUGCUGUGAUUCCAUCACAAAUAAAAGGGAACAACUUUAUAGUUCACCACAGCGAGCUGAAAUCACUGGAACCUCAUCGAUGGUUAACAGGCGAGAUUAUAGAGUGUGCCCUGCAUGAUAUUGCAUGCAAGUUGGAUUUGGGCAGUAAGGUAUACAUACUGAACCACUACACUGCCGGUGUCAUCCUGUUCGGGAAAAGAGAACUGAUGAGGAGGCACUGUUUGUCAAAGGUCAACUUUGAUAACUACCACGCAAUUGUUUCGUUUGUGAACGUUGGAAAUGUUCACUGGAAGUUCCUGUACCUAAGUAAAGCAGACAGCUGUCUUUACCUUGUUGAUCCAGCACGCAGCACAAGAGAGCUUGAAGAAUCCAAAGUGGCAGCACAAAAAUUCAGGGAGUUCUUCAAAAUGAGGCGUACUGCAAUCAACAAGACUGACUGGGUGGAUAUCAAGUUAAAAGGAGGAGUUUUGAAACACCCAGUACAGAAGGACACAAAUAGCUGCGGUGUGAUUGUCAUCUUGAUGGCAAAGGCGUUCAUGGAGUCCUUUCCCAAAAUACCAGAAAUGACAUUUAAAACAACAAUUAAAGCAAUGGUGCAGCAGCGUGAAGCAAUUGCUUUACAAAUACUGGGAGCCUCAGUGUUUGAGGCAGAAAACAAUUGUGCCAUGUGUUCAACUCCAAAACCACCUUUUCCAGGGCCUUCAAUCACCAAAUGGAUCCAGUGUGACAGCUGUUCAAGGUGGUUUCACACACAGUGCCUGCAGAUGAACACUGACCUGUUUCAGAAGGCAGAGGCUGCAGAAUGGGAGUGUGCUCUCUGUGAAAAAUAAAUACUUGUAUUUAUUUUGUGAAAUGUAUAUAAGGUUGAAUAAUGUCAUGUAAUGUCUUAUUUUUAUUUAUAGAAACUGAGGAACGGAUGUAAAUAUUUUUUAAACAUUUUGUAUGUGUACAUAUACAGGUUAUAUAUUUCAGAACUGUAAAUAGAGCUUUUUCGUUUAGAUUUUGUAUCGCAUUCUUUUUCAUUUUAAUACCUUUUGUAAAAAAUAAAACUAAAUUAAGAAAAUAAUGUGGUUCUCGCAGUUUGGGUUUGUGACCCAACCCUUUUUGCAUUCGUUUUGGUAUUUGUUUAUUCAGAUUACUAUUGAACAAUGUAUGUAAUUAUUGUUUUUGCUGUUAUUAGUUAGUAGUUUUAUUUUGGCGAUACUUUCUGUUACAUUCUUCUAAUUCUCCCUGACAGCUCAUAGUUGCUCAGUCUUUACUUCUUGGUUUACAUAGAUCCUUUCGUGUCACCUCCCCUUACGUUCCAAUCUCCCUUGUUUGUUAAUGUUGUGAAGUUAAUAGGAGGUAUACGUUCGUCAUGUUUCCUGUUUUCAGAGUAUGUUUUCCUUUCUCAUGUUCAAGUCUUGGGUGUACCCCUUCAUAUUUUACAUCAUACUCCUGGUCACCAUCAUGUUCAGGUCUGUAGUAGUGUCGUCAUAGUCACAGUAAUAUUCAUAGCAGUCCUAGUUUAGUCUCGCACAGUUCAGGAUUAAUUACAGUUAUUGUAACCUAUUGCUUUUGCCUUGUUGUAUGUUAAAGUGUCUUCCAUCAGCCUCAAUAAAGGGCUCUCUUCUAGUUCACCACA